AUGAAACUGGUGCAACAAGACUGUUCGUCGCAGACGCACGUAUCAGCGCGCCCGCCGCAGCCCGUCACCACGACCUACCCCGUGCAGCCAGUGGUCCGGGACAGCGCGAGCGCGAUGGCGAAGCUGUGUCGCCAGCUUCCCGCGCCGACGCCCGUCUACCCGGCAGCGUCGUCGCCCGACCCCGCGCGAGCGCACCACGCGCCGCCCUCGCUGCCCCCGCGGCCCCCGCCGCCCCCGCCGGUCCCAACGGCCCCCCCGGCUCCAGGCAAGACGCCCGCGCCACCCGCCGCCGUCAUACCGAGGAUCGAAGUAGACAUGGUGGAUGCCAGAUAGAUUUACGUA